AUGGAUGAAAAUCAUGGACAAAAUCUAGACUCGGAAUAUAAACGAUAUUUGGAAAUAAUCCGGCCUUAUUUGGGCCAGUUACUUGAUCAGGAUGUUAUAGAAAUUUGUAAUGCUUGGAUUCAAAGACUUUCGAAUUGCAAAGAACACGAAAAAUCAUUACGAAACAAAUACAUUUUUGCUAUGUGCUAUCAAUUAGCCAAAGGUAAACUUGAAAAGCCUUUUCUUAAAUACCCAUCAGCUGAUGAAUUAUCUCUUUUGACGGACGAUGCAAACAGCGAUGAAACUUUAUCAGAGAUAGAAUAUCAAAUAAUAGAUUUGGAUAACGUUCAUACACAAGUUAUUUAUGACAAUGAAAAACCUUCGCAAUCUUCAAUAGAAUAUGUGACCGGCGAUAGUGAAUUUAAAACUGAUGAUAAUUUUAACUCAAUUACUUACAACAUACCAGAAAAUAUGUAUAAUCAAAACGUAAUAUGCUAUAAUUGUUCUACUGACGUGCCUAAUUUCAACAAUAAUAAAUUACGCGACGAAUCUUGUAAUAUCAGAACAAUAAACAUUGUGAUGAAACUUCGAGAAAUUAAAAGACAAAACGUUUUGCUUCAAAGAGAAUUGACCGCUUUAAAAGAAGAAUUGAGAACAAAGAAUCAAGUUUAUAAUUUGUCUAAUGACAUUUUGAAAGUGAAUAAUGCGACCAGCAUUCAUACAAUAACGCAGGAUAGCACAAAUACUUUAAAAUGCAAAUUAGAAGAAGUUAUAUCUAGAAAUUGUCUUCUCGAAAAAAUAAGGAAUUUACAGGAUAACCUCGAUAAUUUCAAUUGUAUUAAACGAUACGAAAUAGGUGACUUAUUUGCAAAACAUAAGUUACAAAUAAUUGAUACUAAAACAUCUGUACAAGAAGAAAUGAAAGUGUACUAUGAAAGUAAAUUAGAAGACCUAAAAUUACAAUAUGAAAAAAAUAUUAAAGAAAUUGAAACAAAGCAUUUAAGCGAAUUAGAAAAACUAAUGGUUAAAAAAGAUGAAAUAAUUGCUAAUAAGGAUAAAACAAUUAUAUCUCAGGGUAUUGAAAUAGACCGGUUAAAAAAAAGCAUUGAAGAUCUUAAAUAUUCAAGUCUUCCUAAUGACUCAAAUUCAGAAAAUUUGAAACGAAAAGCAGAUGAAUUUGCAAAACGUAUUAAUAAAAUAGAAAAAUCUAAAGUGAAGUUGUCCAAGGCUUGUGAACUAAAGUUAACUAAUUUACAGAAAGAAAAACAUUUAACGGAGUGUUCUUUACAUCUUGAAUUAGUUAGACAAAGAGCUCAGGUAAUACAGGAAAUAUCUAAUGAUUAUCAAACUGAAUUAGCUGAAGCUUUAAAUAAAUUAGAGAGCAACUACAAGGAAAUUAUUACUAAUUUACAAUCAACAGCUAUUCAACGCAGAAAGCAGGACCAAAUGGCGUUAGAAUCGAUAAUACAAGCAGUUUGCGGUGUACGGAAUGAAGGUAUGUACACUAAUAGUGCACGAGCUACAUGUCCAAGCCAAUUAACGAACAAAGCUUCGCGUAAUCAAACGAUAGACUGCAAUGGGAAUUGUGAUAUUGAAAUGCCGACCGUAUUCCAAGGUAAUAAAGUUGGUAGUAUAAUUGUCGGCGGUAAAUCUUUCGGCGAAGAGAGUGUGGUAAGUGACUAUUGCCUCGAUAGUGAGAAGUUGGGUGAAUUGUUCAAGAAAUUGUACAUUCCUCAGAGGGACACGGGCGGCGACUCGACUAAAAAGUAA